UACACGGGGCUUCCCUUUUCUCGCUGUAAUUGUGUGGAGGUUUCCUCGUGUCGCUCAGUUCCAGAGACACCUUCCGCGAAUGUCCCUUCGCCUGCACUGUUCAAGCUCGCCUUAACUUUAUGGCCAAAAUGUCGAUCUCUUGUGGGUUUCAUCUCUCUUGUCUUUCAUCGAUCUCUUCUAUCGGCGUGGUAUUGAAAAUCUAAGAUAAGUAGGCGGUUGCUAUGGUGGGACCUCCUGGAAGGAGCAGAGUCCGAUUUCAAGAGUUAUUCAGCAAAAUCCAUACAGCCAUGGAUCUAACUCCAAGUUCUCCUAUCUGAAACCAGCUGGGUGAGCUUUGUGGGCCCGAGCCAGUUUGUGCCCACCUGCCACCGUCAGGUCAUCCAGACCAGGAAACGUCACCUCCGUGAGUGGAGUUGGCCCCGCACAAACAUGGCAGACAAGGUGCUGUACAGUACCCCAAAGGUCACCAAUCGGCCCCCGCCAGUCCCGGUGCUGCCCCCCGAACCCAUCGACAUCAUCCGCGUCAAGGCCCGAUCUCGGAGGGUCAGGCUCAAUGUCGGAGGUCUAACGCAUGAGGUCUUAUGGCGAACGCUGGACCGCCUACCCAGAACCCGCCUGGGACGGCUAAGAGACUGCAACACCCACGAGUCGUUGCUGGAGGUCUGCGACGACUACAGCCUCCCCGAGAACGAGUAUUUCUUCGACCGCCAUCCUGUGGCCUUCUCUUCCAUUCUCAACUUCUACAGAACUGGGAAACUGCACAUGAUGGAGGAAAUGUGCGCCCUGUCUUUCGGCCAGGAGCUGGACUAUUGGGGCAUCGAUGAGAUCUACCUGGAGUCGUGCUGCCAGGCGCGGUACCACCAGAAGAAAGAGCAGAUGAACGAGGAGCUGAGGAGGGAGGCGGAGACUCUGAGAGACAAGGAAGGGGAGGAGGAGGAGGAGGAGCUGGGCUGCUGUCCCGACCAGAGGCAGAAGCUCUGGGAUCUCCUGGAGAAGCCCAGCUCAUCCGUGGCGGCAAAGAUCCUGGCUAUGAUCUCCAUCCUAUUCAUCGUUAUUUCCACAAUUUCGUUGUCGCUCAACACUUUGCCAGAGCUGCAAGUUGUGGAUGAAUUUGGCCAGUUUAAUGACAACCCGAGCCUAGCCCACGUGGAAGCGGUGUGCAUCGCCUGGUUCACGAUGGAGUACUUGUUGCGCCUGCUGUCAGCACCCAACAAGUGGAAUUUCAUCAAAGCACCGCUAAAUAUUAUCGAUUUGCUGGCUAUAUUGCCUUACUACGUGACACUCUGCCUCACCGAAUCUAACAAGAACGUAAUGCAGUUCCAGAAUGUGCGCCGUGUGGUCCAAAUUUUCAGAAUAAUGAGGAUUCUGAGGAUACUGAAGCUGGCCAGGCACUCCACGGGACUCCAGUCUUUGGGCUUCACUUUGCGGAGGAGCUACAAUGAAUUGGGUCUCCUGAUCCUCUUCCUAGCCAUGGGCAUUAUGAUCUUUUCUAGCUUGGUGUUCUUUGCUGAGAAAGAUGAGGAUGCCACCAAAUUCACGAGCAUACCUGCCUCUUUCUGGUGGGCUACAAUUACGAUGACCACUGUCGGUUAUGGAGACAUCUACCCACAAACCUUGCUGGGGAAGAUUGUUGGGGGGCUCUGCUGCAUAGCCGGUGUGUUGGUCAUUGCACUUCCCAUCCCAAUCAUUGUCAACAACUUCUCUGAGUUUUAUCGAGAGCAGAAGAGGCAGGAGAAGGCCAUCAAGAGGAGGGAAGCUCUCGAAAGAGCCAAACGAAGCGGAAGUAUCGUUUCUAUUAAUCCCAAAGAGGCUUUUGCACGUAACAUGGAACUCACAGAUGUGCUGAUCGAAAAGAAGGAAGAAAGUAAGUGUCCAGUGGACAACCACUUGUCACCUAGCCGCUGGAGUUACCAUAAACGCUACUCCAAUGCAGAUUUGGGCAGCCCGGGCCAGUCAAAUCUCUCGUCUCUUUACCAGGAAGUGGGCUCACCUGACUGUCCCAAGCCCUUGACAAACAAAGCCAGCAGCCCUCAACACCUCAACAUUAAGACCGUAGAAUGUGCUUUUGACAAGAAAACCCUUUCCCAGGAGAAGCGAGACAAACUUAUCGAAGAAGAGGUGGGCAUGAAUGUGUUGCAGCCCCCCCGAACCCAAGAAACGUCCUCCGCCAGAGGUGCGAGGACAUGCAACAACAUGGCUGAGGAUUUUUCAGGGGAAAGACGAGAAAAAAGUUCUCUGAUUCCCGGUGUUGGCGGUAGUCAAAGUAGUGCAAGACAACUGUGUGCACCCCCUCCCUUGGAUCUGCGUCAGAUUAGUGCAGCGGAGAUACAUAAGACCACUGACGGCGCCCAACCGGUGGCAAUUAUAAAAGAGGGGCUGUACAGGUUUGUGUCCGCCCCCAACGUGAACACAGCUGCAGACAGCACCUGCGGCACUUCCACAGAUUAUGGCAGCCUGCAAAAGACAAUAGACCACAAGGUUGACCUCACCGGAAGCCAGGAUGACGCGCUUAUGGCAGUGAUGACACCUUUGGCCACCCCCGCUUCCGCCGGCACAGCCAAGCUCUCUCAGAGACUGUCAGACGACAAGAUUUCCAGAUUUUCAUCACGGCUCAGCUCUGGAACACAAGACGCUAAAUCCCCGCUGGCUCUGCUACAAUCUCCAUCCCUGGUUGGGCAAUCUGUUAGUCCAAGCAACUCUCAGGGGGAAGGUGAGGGCUCAGCAGCCAAGAGAUUAGAGGGUGAAGGGCAGCUCACAGGCUUAAGCCACCAGGGGAAGAGUUCUACCGUCGGCUCAGGAAGCUGCACGAGCCCUCUGCCGAAGACCAACCUGCGCAACUGUUCCCAGGAGCUGGUAACUAUGGACGGAAGGGGAAGGGAGGCGGCACCUCAGGUUGGGGAGAGACAAGAAAACCAUAUACUGGCACCCUCCAAUGAAACUAGCAUGUGAGCCCAAACGUGCAGGGCUUAAUUCACCGAAGUGGUAGGCUUACUGAAAGUUACCAUCAAUCUAUGGAAGGGAUGAACUUCUGUCAUAUCCCUCUCAGUACUCUACCAGUAUGGACUAUUGCCUGAUCCGGUUGUAUCUCUGAAUAUGAGGGACGUAGGACAAUCCUGUAUACUGCCAGUGUACAAUCUAAAGAACAUGGUCACAAGAAAGUAUUAGAUUUCUUUUUACAUAAACACUUAGGGCCCGGUGGCACGGUGGACGACUGGUUAGCACAUCCGCCUCACAGUUCUGAGGACCGGGGUUCAUAUCCCGGCCCCGCCUGUGUGGAGUUUGCAUCUUCUCCCCGUGCCCGCGUGGGUUUUCUCCGGGCACUCCGCUUUCCUCCCACGUCCCAAAAAACAUGCGUGCUAGGUUGAUUGAAGACUCUAAAUUACCCUUAGGUGUGAAUGUGAGUGCGGAUGGUUGUUUGUUUCUAUGUGCCCUGCGAUUGGCUGGCGACCGGUUCAGGGUGUACCCCGCCUCUCGCCCGAAGAUAGCUGGGACCCUAGUGAGGAGAAGCGGUACAGAACAUGGAUGGAUGGCACUUAGGGCUCUGUUUUUGUGACCGGCGUAAAUCCGAAGUGGCAGGCAGCGCAAAUCUCUGCGGAGGCUGGUUCGACCAGGUUUUCGUGAUUUCGCAGACACGCACAAAAAUGGCAUAUUUAAAAAAUGGCGGUCUGCGAACACAGCCGAUUUUCAUUCAGCGCCUCUCCUUCCCUUUAAACGCAUCGCAAUGACAGUCUCGCACGGAGACGUGUGAAAUCUCUGUGCGGAAGAGGCUGGAGCCACUGCUCUUGGCUGUUGUGGCAACAGAUAACAUGAGCGGGCACCCUUAUUAAAUACAGAAUGAGCUGGCGACGUCAAUAUUUCCCCGGACCUCAUCAAAAUCUGUCUGCCUGCGCCCCGAUCAGAAUCGCUUUGGACCAGGAGUCUACCUAUUGUGGUCCCGGCGGGCAAAAGUUUAGACAAGGACAAGGACACACCCUUGUAGCGCCGGUAGGACUAGCUUGGUGCAGACCGGUCUGCCAAAUUAGCAUUACACGCACAGCGAGCCUUACACUAGCAAGAAGAUCAAGAUAUGCAUCCUGCCACAGAUGCAUCGACUCUGGAAAUAGAGCCCUUGGAAACCCAUAAUCAUUUUUGACCACAGAUGACUCGCACGUGAACAUAAACAAAGCUGCGAGUGAAUGCAAAGGAAAUUUGUCAUGCACUUGUACAUCCCUUUCUAUUGUUUCAAUUCAGACUAUGACACCAAUGGCAUACAUAAGAAUUCUGCACAAUCUUUUGCAAUACAUGAAAUACAUUUGCUCCAUGGCUCCUCAGUCUCUCACGCUUUAUGUACUGUAUUUGAAAUGCAGCCCUAAGCAUAGUCAAAUAUAUUGGUUGAGCCAUGGUGUAUAUUCGUAUGCUUGUACGGUACUUCAUUUUUACGCCUCAAAAUAAGUGAUGUAACGGGGACGCAUGAGGAACAGCAAGUUAUUCGAUUUGCCGUUUGUCCACGGGGGGACAAGUGCAGAGUAGCAAGAGUUUCCAAAGAGUAAAGAUAGAUUGCAAAGUGCAUAGACUUAAUCAAUAGCGUGACAAAAAGUACGACUUUCAACUCUGCCUGAGUCGCAGCUCUGAGGCUCCUGUCAUAAAUAGUGUCAUAACAAAUCAAGGGGCCUUGACACAUUCCAGAGCCCAUCACUUACUCACUUGCAAGUAAGUGCACUCGUGCAUGCGCCUAAACAAUUUGGUCUCUAUGAGACUUGUGUUUGUCUUAUGUUAGUCUCUUAGUUGGUGACAUCUGAAAUAGGUGUGUAGGCCAAGAAACGUAAGCAAUAAAUGGCCCAGUGCUCUGCCCAAUGUUUGCUUAUUAUAUGCAAAUAUAGUGUCCGUUGUAUUGUCUUAUUUUCUCUCACGGUGGAAUGCUGAUGCCAGAGUCUAUCCGAGGUGCUAAGCAAGGCUUCGGCCUCUUACAAUACACAGUGAAUGCAUAGUGUCAGUUGAGGGGUAAGGGUUAAACUAUUGAUUAGACGACACAACCUUGCUAAUUGUCAACAUAACUUCAGUCAUUCGUGAGUCUGAAUUCGUUUGACAGUUCAAGUCACAAAAGGUCGGAAUUCCUCUCAAGUGCGCCUUGAAACAAUUUUUACAAACUCAUCGAGCCAGACUCCCAACAAAGGAGCGCCGAUGUUUUGUGGAAGUAAUUGCACGUUUAGACGAAAUUUCUCUGGAAGUCCCGUAAAGGCUACACCCCGACACACGUUUUUAUUGUAUGAUGAUGUGAACGUGCGAGUAUGUGUGUUUUGGGGUUAUUUUCAUUGGAAAGAGUUCCCCCCUCAAGGCACCUCAGGGGCAACCGAAUGAUGGCAUUUUCGCAUCUCAGGAAUGUUUUUGGGGAUGCAUCGCAUGUUCGAAUUAAUGCAUGGCUGACAUACUGUAUUAUCUGUCAGAUUCACUUGUAUGGACAAAAAUGUCAUAGAGAGAGAGAUAUGUGUAUCGUUGGAGCAUUGCUACGAGCACAUGAAACAUGAACCAUGAAUUGUUUUUGUAAAUACAUAGCCAGUCUAUGUAGAUUGACACAUCUCUUUUGUGUGUGUGUGUGUGUGUGUGUCUAAUAACAGUGAUUGGCUGCAUUUUUAUAAGACAAUGGCGCUGUAUGUUUGUUGUUGUUGACAUCUAGAUAGAUGUAAACAUGGGUGCCUUUUCAUAAAUAGACCAUUUAUGAGAAGGUGGAAGAAAAAAACAGUAUACUAAGAGUAGGGAGAUUUUCUCUUGUUCUUGUUUAAUGGACCCAUUAUGUUGACAUGCAAAUCGUCUCGUUUGCUUGAACUUCAUUGUACAGUACUCCGCAUGACCUCAUUGCGUCUCAUCCGCUAACAUCGCCUACAGUUUUAACCUCAGCGUGUUCCGCAACUUCACUCUGAUUUUCUCCGAGUUUGAUCAGCUUCAAACAGAUUUAGCACACCAUCGCAAUUCCAACGUGGACAGUGCAGUACAUUUAAAGUCCACUCUUGAUCUAAAUCUACGGCUCAUACGGUGUCCUUGAACUGCAGCAUCUAUAAAUAAAUCCAAUAUGGUUAAGAAGUUUAAUUAUGGGAUUACAACAACAAAAAAUCACAACAUUAACUGAUGACCUCAAACUAUAACACUUUAGUCUUGUCUAAGACAAACUUGUACACAACCACAUUUCACAAAAAAAACUGUAUUUGUAAGUGUGGCUAUCAUCAUCUAAAUAUUGGAAGACAUUUUUUUUUUUUUUUAAAGGCCAUAUUUCCAACAGGAAAUGUAUUUUGUGAGGUUCAUCAUCAUCUUUCUAGUUUCACAGAAAUGUAAUAAUUAGUCAAGUGCAUUACAACAGAUACCUAGUGAAUAGUGACUUUUCAUUCAGUUACUAAUACAUGCAAAAUAAAUAAAUGUGUCUAUCACCUCA